CCCAUAUGUUUGUGACAGUGUUAUGUGUUGUUGGGAAAACCAAACAAAUUUGUAUGAAACAUAAAUGAAUUUAAAUGCCAUAAAACGUUGGAAAGCGGAAGGAGCACACCACUCCAACAAAUAAACAUUAAAGCUGAAUGGGCAUAUUCCCAUUACUUCAGAUGCUUUUGCUAACUCCUCUGCUAUUGGUGUCUGGCAGUAGGCCCUUCUGAUUGAAGCACCACAGUGAUUACGAUCCAGAUGGUUGAGCAGUAUGAAGCUGGUUGUUUCUGUGAUCCUGACCACACCAGUAAGGAUGAUGGCACAUGAUCCAGAGUUCACUGAGGUGAAUUCUGCUCUGUUUGCAGAACUUAUGUUCGUGUACGAAUUGUAAUUUGUUUCUGUUGUGAAUACGGAUUCUGGACAUGUCAUACCUGAAUUUGAAGGAAGUCAUAGUUGUCAACACCAGGGAUGCAUCACUGCCAUCUCACAGUCCCAUGUGGAGAGGUUGUGAUUUUAUGUCAGAAUAAAAAUGGAAUCACAUGUUCCUAGAAAACGUAAACAGAGCCUAUCACUGACCAGAAGGCUGGAGAAAUGCCCACGUGUUGGAGAAAAUAACCCUCAAGAAAUUUUUUGUGUGGACAGUGACUGUGAAGUGGACGAUGGUGACUGUGUUGUGGUGGCUGAAAAAAUCACUAUAAGGAGAGGAAGAUGUCAAAAUGCUGCUUGCCUAUCACCUGAAGGAACUAAACUUCAGAAAGCUUCCAGGCGUGUUCAAGAUUUUUAUGGGCACUCAUACAGGAAAGGCCGGGCAUGGAAGAUCUGUGAUGUAUGCCAUUCAAGGGCUGAAGAACAUUUAGGAAAAUUGAAAAAUAAAUUUAUUAACCGUGUGCCAAUUGUGGGAGGUCAGUACCCAUUUUAUGGUGAAAUGGUUGCGUUAGAAGAAGAAGAUUCUACCGAUGAUGAUGAUGAGGAACCAUUGGAUGACACAGUGGCAGAAUUCAUGUCAAACUGUGCUUCAGAUAUGAUAAACACCAUUUUCGAGAAGUAUGACAUUAAUUUCCAACUGGAAGAGGGAGUCAAAAAGCUUCUUGAAGGAUAUGAAAAGGUUGAGAGUGAAAUAGAGGCUCAAAUAAAAUCAUGUGAGGAAGUAACUUCCUCAUUCCGUACUUCCUGUGAUGAAUUUUAUAAGGAGCAUGAGUCCAGCAGAGAGGAGCUGACACCAGUAGAGAUUGAUUGUGAGUUGCCACCAGUAGAGAUUGAUUGUGGACCAGCAGAAGUCAUCAUUGAUGAUGAUAAUAGUGAUGGUGAUGAUGUUAUAGUUGUGGAAUCUGUCCGAUCAUUACAGAAUCUGCCCGAAGCCUUAAAUGAGAACACCUCAUCAACAAACAGUCAGCCACAUUCAGUGUGUCCAAAUGAGCAGUCUGUCACUGAACAGACACCAGUAGCGCAAACCAGUCAACCUGAUUUAUCCCCUGCUACGGCAACAAACCAUAGAGUUUUUGGUGAACUUAGAACCAUUGUUAAAUUCUCAGGAGGAAAUUCAGGCUGCUCAAAUACAAAAACUGAUGUAGUGAAUGGUUGUAUCCUUGAUAAAAGGAACAGUGAAGUGCAAAGAGUUCAAGUGCGUGCAGCUGGUACAGGUGAAAUGGUGAGAGGUAGCUACACAAAGGCUUCAGGAAAGGAGUCAUCAGCUCAAAAACACCAGACAUCCAGUGAAGGGUUUGUAAUUGAAUCUGCUCCAGUUCAGAGUGUGCCUCUGCAGCAACUGUUGCAGCAAGGUUUAUCAGUACUUGGUGCACAGCCAGGAGCCACAAACAAGCAAGAGAAAGUACAACGCAAGCAACAGCAGCCAUCCUCUCAGAUUCCAAGAGAACACACAAACCAGCAGAUAUCUGCACUAUUACAUACAAGGCUGCAACAGAGAUUUUCUGUGCUGAACCCAUCAACAGAAACUACUUGUGCACAAGAGAAACAACACGAGGCACAUCGACUGCAUGGGCACACUGCACCUGCGUCACAGCACAAGCAGGGUGUAGAAAAUGUUCCAAGUAUGCAGCAGCAAGCCAGCAAAAUAAGGAUCCUUCAGAACACAGUUCACCAACAUAACAGACAGCAGACAUCACAAACACACCAGCAGUCCAGUGGCCAUCUAGUGUCACAGCCUUCGCAGCGUUUGAGUGAACAGCGCAUUCAGCUAGUUCCAUCCCAAUCCACUGUAUGUACUCAACCCCAGCCUAAUGUGCAGCUCUCGUCUCGUAUUUUGCAGGAGUGUGGACCACAGUUUCCACAACACACUAAUGAUCAAAGCAUAGUUCAGACUAUGAACAGCCAUAGUGAACCUAAUGUAUCAAAAGAACUGUCUCAUCAUUCUAGUCAAUCGGUGUGCCGGCCACAACAGCUCUCAACUGAACAAAGUGCACAGCAAAAUAGCAUACAAUUUACGUCACUGCAACAAAGUGGACAGCAUGUGGUUUCAGGUGCUCAGAGCAGUAGUGCACAAAAUAUAUACCACACUCCGAAACAGUCCAUCCAACAGACUGCCUCACAGCUUGCUCGACCCCUUAGUGAGAAGCCCGUCAUCCAACUUCCACAGCCUGGUAGACAGUCAAUAGCCAGUGCUCAACAACAGCCUAGUGGGCAUGUUUCUCAGCCUGUGCAGCAACCUGGUGCUCAGUACAUUCCCCAGUCUUUGCAGCAGACCAGUGUAAAGUCCAUGACCCAUCAUCCCCAGAGUGUUGUCCAACCUCAGCUACAAUCUGAUAGCAGGUAUAAGUCACUCCUGCAGCAACAGUCCAGUGGUCAUCAUGUUUACAAGCCUUCACAGCAACCUGGUGGCCAGAAAGUGACACAAGCUCUGCAGCAACCUGAUAUAUCCCAGCCUUCAACAGGAAACCCAAUGUGUGGAGCUCGUACUAUACAGAAACCCAAUGUUGUGAACACUGUAUCUACGUUACAGAUUCCAAAUGAAACAUCUUCACUAAAAGCUCCACCAGCUGUACAAAAUAUAACUAGGGAACAAACUAUAACACAACACACUCCAAGAAUGGCUAAUGCUACAGUGCAUCAAAAUAUGCAGAAAAGCUUACAUUUGGUAUCAGGGCAGGUACCGCCCCAACCAAAGGGGUUUCCUGAUAGAGUUACAGGCUCAGGACUUAAAAAUUGUUCUGAGAAACCAAAUGAAUUUGUUACUUCCGAAUCUAAGAAUGCGGGAGCAUUAAGCACAACACACAAUGGACGUAGUUCAGCCCUCAAAGAGCAGAAAACAUGCAUUCCAAAAACACAAGUUGCUCUACAGCAGGCCAGUGAGCGGAGAGAAUCCCAUUUAGUGUGUCAAAACAACCAACAACACAUGACUCGCACUCAUCUGCAGCCAGAUACCCAAUGUGUUGGCCAACCUCAACAGUGUCAGACUCCCCAGCACCCUGCUGUACAAGCCUCACUACAAGUUCCCCAUAUGUCGAGUGCAAUGUGUGUGUUACGAAGCCCACAAGAAGCUGCCCAGCAAAACUUACAACUGGCCCCACUUCAGCACACUGCCCAGAAACUAUUCCAGUCCACAAAUCAUUCAAGUGUGCAGAGUGAAUCCCAGAAACCAACCCAGUCAAGUGUAAAGCAUGCAUCUCUUUCUCCUCAGUUGACCAACCAUAUUGUCCAACAUUCUGUUGAAAAUAAUGCAACACAGCGAACAUUACAACCCACUGUUCAGAAUAUGACAAAUCAUUGUAUUCAACAAAGUGGACAUUUGUCUCUUCAAACACUGCAGAAUUCCAGUGUGAAGUCCCUCCCAUCUUCUUCACAACCUAGUAUACCAAGUUUGAGUGUGACUACACAGCAAGGAAUUAGACAAACAGUGCAAACUGUGUCUCAGCCACAGGUAACUAGAUCAUCCAUUUUGACAGAACCACAAAACGUGGCUGUAAGUCAAGAGAAAAAGAAUGAGGAUACUUCACUUAAAACACAACAACAACAACUGAAUGGGCUGAAUAACAUGCUGUCAACAUGCCAAAACAAUGGGCAGCAUACAGCAAAAGUUUCUCAGGUUUCUAAAAUACAGUGGGGAGCCCAGAGUCCACAGAAACAAAAUGGGCAGCCUGUUCCACAGAUUUCACAUAAUUCAGGUGAAAAGACGGUCUCGCAAAUUCCAAAUCAGCACAGCGGGAAGAAUUUGGUCCAAAUUUCAGGUCUGUGUAAUCAGCAGCAUACUACGUCACAAUCAGUACAAGAAAUUUGUGAAUCAAAUUUGUCAAAGUUUCAGCAGCAGCAGAAACAACAAGUUAUGUCACAUGUGGUUCCUACAGGGGAGGUAACAAACAGAAGACAAACAGAAAGCUCUCUGCAAAGACCAAGUGAAUCAAUUGUGCCAAGAAACCCAUUGAUAUUUCCAAAAACUGUGCAGAGCUUAAACACGGAAAGUGCUCCUCCUAAGUCACAGAUCCCUAUUGUUUCAGAACUUGGAUUAAAACAACAACAACAACAGCAGCAGCAGCAACAGAAGAAUUAUACGCCAAGCAGUAAUUCACAAGAGCCCCAGCAGCUUACACCACUUACAGAGUCUGGUUCUGUUUCCCAUCAAGCAAUCUCAAGAACACAAGCACAGGGUCCUAAAAACCACUUGCAGCAACCUGAAGAAAGAACACACCUGUCCCUCAGUGAUGGAGACUUUCUACAGAAUAUGUCCCAGCCACUACAGCAUUUGAAAAAUAAACAAAGUGAAAAAACUGAAUUGAAAGUGCAGCCAGUGAUUCCACUGCAGAAGUCAGAGUCAUCUAACAAAGAAGGAAGUCUUCACCACUCUAACCAGCAGUUGUCUUCUUCUGUUCCUGUCUCACAGGUGGUUUCUGAACGACCCAAUUCUUUGACCACGAAUAACCAGCUCAUACCAGCGAAUGUGUCUCAACAGUCAGUUGUAUCUCUUUUCCCAGGAAAUCUCUUUGUAAUGCUCCAACAGCAGCAGGUGACAAUGCUGCUGGGGUUUGUUUGUCAUAUUUUGUCACGGUUUUUACCUAUAGUGGUGCAGCAACAGUGCCAGAAAGAAUCUACUCGGGCAGAAGUUGGUUCUUCGACAAUGAAGACUGAUUCAUCACAGGAGAAAAAUUCAAAGACAACAGCAAAUCCAAGUAAUGUAAGGUUGCCUGACAAAGAUGGGAAUGAAAUAUCAGAUACAGAAUCCAUGUGCCAGUCCCCUCUAGACAGCUUAACUCCCUUUUCCACUCCAACAAAAAGCUCGAUGUGUACGUCUCCUUCCACUCUGAGUUCUACAGACUCUGAUAUCAGUGUUUCAGAUUCCAUUGGUGUGUGUGCAGAGAAGGAUGUUGUUCCUGUUGGAAAUGUCAUUAUCAAAGAAAGCAAUCUCCCUCCUUUGGGGCUGGUAAAUCGUCCUCCUGUGGCUGUUGGAGAUUCUAUGUAUAUCAUGAAUGAUAUAAAACGUCCAUGGAUUCUUGCUACAGUGAAAGAUAUUGUGUCACCAAACAAUCAGACAUUGUACGCUGUGGAGUUCUUGAAUUCUAAAAACAAGAACAUGAAGGAAAUAAAAAAAGUUGCAGGCUUUCAGCUAGCCUAUUCCCAGGUGCAAAAUUUUCGUUUCUCUGUCGGUCAUCGCAUUAUCUCUAUCUUUCGGGAUGGAAUUUCAGAUGAAGAGUAUUAUUCUGGUGUGAUUGCAGAGCCACCCAAGUCUAUAAACCGUUACAGGUAUCUCAUCUUCUUUGAUAAUGGUGGCUCUCAGUAUGUUAAACAUGAAGAUAUACGUCUUGUUGUGGAAAGUUCUCAGAAUGUGUGGGAGGAUGUUCAUAUUGAGAUUCGAGAAUUUGUUCAGAAUUAUUUGGAAAAGUACCCAGAAAAAGCUUUGCUUAAGGUGCAAGAAGGACAAGAUGUCAGAACUGAGUGGAAUAGGAGGUGGUACAAUGCAAAAGUCUUAGAAGUAGAUGCAUCUCUUGCUCGAAUGUCUUUCCCGCCUUAUGGAAAACAUGUAGAGUGGAUUUACAGGGGCUCUGCUCGCUUUUACCCACUUUUUGAGGCACAUAACAGGACUUGUAAGGAACAGUUUGCUCGCUCAAAAGCAUUUGCGAGGAAGAGAGGUGAUCCAUAUAUUCAGUACACUCUGAAAGAGGAAGAAGAAUUGGACAAAGAGAUAAAAGAUGAUCGUGAAGCAGUCACAGAGGACUUUGAGCCUACCCAUCGUUCCACAGCUCGUAAGAGCACUUCUCAGAUAACAGCCCAGUAUCCACGUUUAUCAUCUUCAGUAAAAGCUCCAAAAAGGAUAUUUUACCCAUGCUAUUCUCAGGUGACCUAUAGUACACACAAGUGUAAGCCUUCAUGUCUGGUGAUUGGAAGUUCAGAAAAAGAUUUUUCCAAUUAUCGAAACCUUCUAAGUCAUCUGUCGGAACCCAUGUUACAUGGCUGGACGAGGGAGAAGGUGAAACAUUCAGACUAUGUCUCUGUGUACUAUAGAGCUCCUUGCAAACGCAGAUUGCGUAAUAUUGAAGAGUUGCAUAAAUAUCUGUUGUUAACUAAAUCCAAGUUAACUGUUGACCAGUUUGAUUUUGACCAUUGGGUGAGGUGCUUCACUGAAGGAAUUAAUGAAAAGUACUUCGUAAAAAUUGAGGAUAUCUCUAAUGGUGUAGAGGCCGUUCCUGUCCCGUGUAUUAAUACAGUUGAUUCAAGAAAGCCAGAUGACAUUACAUAUGUCACCAAGCAUGUACCUACAAAUGGUACAUACAUCGAAACUGACCCAGAAUUUCUCGUAUGCUGUGAGUGCACUGAUGAUUGCUUGGACAAGGAAAAAUGUGCAUGUUGGCAACAGACAAUGGAAGGAGUUAAAUAUGGCCCAGAAAGUGAGUCACCCAACCAUGAGGGUUAUUACUACAAGCGACUGUAUGAACCACUUGUAACAGGCAUCUAUGAAUGUAAUUCACGGUGUAAAUGCUCAUCAACUUGCCUGAACAGGCUGGUUCAACUUCCCAUGAAGUGCAAGAUUCAGGUUUUCAUGACACCUAACCGUGGAUGGGGAAUACGUGCUCUCCAUGACAUACCAAAAGGCAAUUUCAUCUGUUUAUACGCUGGGCAUGUACUUCCAGAAAAAGUGGGAGAUGCCUUGGCAAAACAGGUUGGUGAUGAAUAUCAAGCUGACUUGGAUUAUAUAGAAUCUGCAGAAAAAGUAAAGGAAGACUAUGAGGAGAAUGCAUACGAAAGUGAAUUAGAAGAAGAUUGUGGCAAGAAGCAGAAUUCAAAACACAGAGGACAAACCACAGUUUCUCGGAAGCCAACUGGGAAGCAGCAUAAAAUAAUGGCACCCUCUACAAGAAUUCUGUUUGGCCGGAAUGGAAGAUAUAUCCUGGAUGCUAAAACUUGUGGGAAUGUUGGUCGAUUUAUCAAUCAUUCGUGUAAUGCAAACCUGUUUGCCCAGAAUGUCUUUGUGGACACGCAUGAUCUGAGAUUCCCAUGGGUAGCAUUUUUUACUAAUUCAUUUGUGCCAGCCAAUACAGAGCUAACAUGGAACUAUGGCUAUGAUGUGGACAGUGUUCCAGAGAGAGUAAUCAUUUGUAAAUGUGGUGAGACAAAUUGUCAGGGCAGGUUGCUAUAAAGAACUGCAGUAUUAUGCUGUGAAGAUAACCGGUCACAUGGAGCUCGCUCUCUUUAAAAAUAUAUGUAUAUGUAUAUAUAUUUUGAGUAAUGUGUUCAUAAGUGAAUUCUGUGAUUAUUAUUUCACCAAAUUUAAAUGUAAAAUGAACAAAUAUUUAUGUGUAACUGUUUCAGUAUCAUUUGAUUAAUUAGUUUACUCAUGUAACAGAAACAGCUUUAUCUUUGUAGUUAGCUGUAGAAACAAAGAUUCCUACAUUUUAUCACAUGACCUGUCUUGACUUUGAAAAUACGAUGACUGAAUGCUUAUAAGUAUUUUCAUUGUGUAUUACUUUGUGUUGUAUUGUACAUUGUUAGCAUAGGUUAUUAUUGAAAGCUGUUAAAAAUCUCAUUACUUUUACGCAUUUGGCCACCUUUGUGUUCAGUGAAAUUAAAUGAAUGGGCUUUUCAAAUGUGUAUGUAACUUUAUCCAUACAUUUUCUGUGAAAAUGUGUUAUGUAUUUACCACUGAUACUGUGAAAUGAGUAGUAAACAGUUUGUAUAACAAUGCAUUCAUAAUGUAGCAGUGUGCUCAACACGAUUAAAAUUUUGAGGAUUUCAAGAAAUCUUCUGCUGCAAGCAUUAUUGUAUAAAACAUACUCAGUUUUCUAGCAAUAUCAAUUGUGAAUUUUCGCUCAAUGUUUCAAGAAUUAUCCUAUUUUCAUUGUCAGCAAUAAAAUGAUAGAUUGCUGAUACUAUCCAUGUCUUUUUUGUCAUCACUCUUCUAAUUGGUUUGAUUUGGUCCAUCUUUACAUCCUCACCUAUGUGAACCUCUUCAUGUCAAAGAUGUUGUUACAUCCAGAGUCCUCAGUUAUUUAUUGUAUACAUUCCAGUCACUGACUUAUUACAGCUUUUGCCAUUUACAGACCUCUAUAGUACCAUGGAAGUUAUUCCCUGAGGUCUUAAUAUGUUUUAUCAUCCUGUAUCUAAAUCUUGUUGUGACAAUUGGUCCCUCACCUUGUCACCAAAUGGAAGUAAUUAGCCAGUGAUGUAGAGUAUAAAUAGAAGUAAUAAUAUUCUUCUUUUAGGUGGAGAGGAUGAUGGUACUUUUGAAAACAUUGAGUAUUAUUUGCAGUUGAUGUAGGUAAAACACUGAGAGCCUUUCAUACAAAAUUAUGAUAGUCUUUUGCAGUGAAUAGAUUGUUGUAAGUGAAUAGGAAUUUGCUAUUGAAGUAUCAAAUAGGUCACUCUGAAUUUAAUGGCUGUGAUGAUAAGUAUGAAACCAAAAUAACAAAUUCUGAAUAAUGUUGUGUGUUGAGUGUGCUGAAUUAUAUCAUGUGCCUUAACAUUUAUCUGUGUGUUAACAGUAUGUAUGUCACUUUAUAAUAGCAUUGCAGAGUUUCAUGUUUCUAUUCAUUGUUGUCAGCUUCAUCCACUACCGUUUAACCAUUUAUUUAGCCUAGACUAUUAAUGCUUUUUGCUCUGUGCAUUGAAUUUAUGAAAAAGUUAUUGUCCUCACAAAUACAUGGUAACAAUAAAAAUAUUGCAUACUGCACAUGUACAGGAUGGUUCAACUAAACUGUUCAUCUUAAACUGUCUGCACCCAGAUUAAUCAUAAGAAAGUCAUCAUUAAGUGCCAUAGCUAUAAUAAUUACAAAUGUACUGGUAUUAACUUUGCUUUUUGAAAUGGAAGUAUGGUAAUUACUGUUGCAAAUAUUGUAGUUAACUGCAUUUCACUCUCUGAAAAUUAGUCUAUAGUUUUGGAACCAUCAAACCGAUUGCUGUCCUAUGUGAAAGUUAAUGUUGUCAUAAGGAAAUAUUACAUUCAGCUGUUACGGUGCUCCAUUAUGGCAAAGCUAAGAUAGUGUAAUUACUAAUUAGUAAUCAUUGAAACAAGUUUAAUUUGAAACUGGUACCAUUCACAAUACAUAUUGUUUGACCAAUGCAACACCAGGAAGGCAAAGGAUGUGGCAUGGAAGAAUAGUUCAUGCUUUAAUUACGGUAACAGUUCUGCUGUUGUUGCUGCCAGAGUUUUGAAAGACAGGUAUGUGUUACAAAUGAAUGAAUUUAUAAAACAUGAAAUUGAGGUCUAAAGAAUGUUAAAUAAGAACACUGCAUGAAAAAAAAUAUUUUGAGAUACACACUUACAUUGUAAAAUUACAUAACUCCUACUCAUCUCGUCCAGGGAUUGAGAAAGAACUGUGUGAGCAGCUUGUAGUCACAAGUGAGUAUUCAGCUGGGUACCUGCUGUGCUGUAUAUUUCAAGCAUUACUUCCUCUAUAGAAGCUGAUAGUGCUUCUGUAAGAAAUUGUGUAUACCUGUUAUGUUUUCAGGUCUCUUCAGUGAAGUAAGGCCGUAUUACGUAGUCUCCAAUAGCCCCACUCUAGGCAUUCAUAGUCCACUGCCUCUGAUGUUGUACAAGCAUUAGCAAGUGUGGAUUAUCAGUACCUCAAUAGUGCAUAUUUCUUGCAACAGUGCAUGUUUCUUACAUUCAGCUUUUCAUUAUUUUUAAAGGUUUAUUCAUUGGUAUAGCAAAAUUUUGUAGAAAGAACAUACUACCCACCCUGGUGUCACAUUAGAACAAACAGCAGAAUUACUUACGUUGGUUAAACCUCCAGUUAAGUGACACAUUGUACACAUGGAAACUGCAUGCAUAUUGCAGGCAAUGCUGGACUGACAUACCCCAGAUAUGCUCACAAUAUCUUUGGAGCUAAUGUUUGCAUAGAGCAUCAGUGCGCAUAAAAUCAAUUUAAUUCACUUUAUUCGUUGUAAGGAUGCCCCUUACCUUUUGUGAAGCAUUCCAGUGGCCUCCCAAUAACAAUUUUUUGCACAUUAGUUGAACUAUCAUUCAGUCUGUUAGGACACCUGUAGGCAUACAGCUCAGCUACCCUCUUCACUUUCCUUCUGUGUUGUCCUUUAAGAGUUUUCAGUUUUUCAUGGUUUGUUGCAGAGAUUUUUUUUCUCAACAUAUUCCAUAGUUGAGACACUUGAACUACACAGAUAGAAUAGAAACCUAUAUUUGCCCCUUGGUGUCGCAAUGGUGCAGCUCUCUUUUUCUCUCUUUCUCUCUUUCUUUCUUUCCUUCCCCUCAAACUUCCAUUUUAGUCAGCGGUUAGUUUGAUGUUAAAAACAGAUAAUUCCUAAGUUCUCCAUAUUGUAAUACCUCAAAAAAGUAUGACAUUUGAGAGUGAAAUUUGAUUCAUCUUUGACAUUUGCAGUGCUAGCAGCAGAAAUUAUUAUACUUGUCUUUGAAAAAGCAAAGUUGAUACAAUAUCUUUCUUAUUAAUAUAACAAUAACAAGAGACCAUAUGUUGGGUACUAAGACUUUCUUAUCGUUCAUCUAACAAGUGAGUGAAUACAGCAUUAGAAUAAAUGUUUCAAGAAGUAUUCGGGAUGAAUGGGAAUAGGUCUUGAGUAUGAAAACAAGCACUGUGGGGCAACAAAAAAAUCCUUGGAAAGUAAUAAAAAUAGAAGUAAAAGCUCUAAGUACAAAAUACUAUAAGGUUGAUCUGCGUAAUAACAUGAAACCUGUAUUUUAUGAUAUUGUGUGUUACAUUUUUUUGAAUGAUUUAUUUUUAUACUAUUUUCUGCCCAUUAAUUUAUGUGCAAUUAAGCUAUAUCUGUAUCCAGUCCUUGCUUAAGAUACAUUGACAUUCUUACAGUACUUUUAUUCAUAAUAAGAAUAUUUAAGAUUUGGAAAUUUACUUAAUUUAAUAAUAAAGUUAUUCCCUAGGUGCAAAAAAUAAAAAUUUGAAUGGGUCAUUAUGUUGUGGCAUAGAUGAACUGAUUAUUGUAUUCAUACAUUUUCAAAAUGGUAAAUUAAUGCAUUGUAUGUGGUUCACUGAUGUUUUUGCCUAUCAGAUGCCCAAGUUACAAUGUCUUGUAGGUGGAUUUUGAAAUGAUAUCUAUGAGUAAGCUGCACAGACAAAUAAUUUUAGCCCAUUGAAUUCAUCAAUUGGAUGACUAUCAGAGGCCAAUACACAUCUAUGUUUUGUCACUUAUCUGUGUUUCUAAAAGGACUGGUGAUAUCAGUGUCAUCAUCCAGUGUUUUCAGUUGAUUGUUAACAACUCAUGACAAGCAGUAAGCUCCAAGAAACAUUUUUACAGUCUGAGUUUUAAAUUAUUGUGACUACUUAUUUAAUUUUGUUACAUGCUUUAAAUAGCAUACAUUAUUGAAUUUGUGUCAUAAGUCCUUGUUUUAGCCUGCACUAACCUUAGCAGAAACUGACAAAGAUGGUGUUUGUAAUCAGUACAUGGCAACAUUUGCUCUAAGGAUUCUGUGCAAGUAUUUUGAUAUAUAACUUUGCAUUAUAAUGUUCUACUACUUCCAGCUGGAUGUUACUUUCUUGUUUUGCAUUGCAUAAAAUCUGGGUUUCAUUGUCUUUGAUGUAUUAUUUAUUGUGUGUGUGUGUGUGUGUGUGUGUGUGUGUGUGUGUGUGUGGGCGCACCCGCGAGAGAGAGAGAGAGAGAGAGAGAGAGAGAGAGAGAGAGAGAGAGAGAGAAAUUUGCAAUGGUUGUUUUGCCAGUUUUUUAUUGUGCAUUUGUUGAUA